AAAGAAACAAUUAAUAAUAGUAGUAAUUAAUACAAAAUCUGAAGUAAAUUUAAUUCCGUGAAUAUCCUGAACCAGUUAAGCAAUCAGAACCUAGUAGAACUCCAAAAUCCAAAUGAUUGCAAAUAAUUGUACCGGAGGAGAAGGGUGACGUCAUCGACGGGGUGCCAAUAACGAGGUCGUUUCAUUUCAUUUUGUAGUACUCUUUGGCUGGAUUGAUUCCUUCUUUCUCUCCGACGCAAUCCAACACGAUUCUGCAAACCUUUUUCGUCCCCCACCCCAAACCAUGAUUUGUCUUUAUUGUUUCUGACCAUGGUGUUUGUCUCCAUGUCAAUCAUUCUUCUUCUGCCGUAGUUCUUGGAUUCAUUCUUUCAUAAAAGGAAAAUAACAAAAAAGGAAUUGCGAUUUUUAGUGAUUUCUUUCUUUUGUCCUCGCCUCCGCCAAUUCGCGGUGAAACGAACCGGCGCGGCGGUUAUUCAACUGCGGGAAAAAGCCCUAGCUGCUGAUUCUUAUUCUUCUUCUUCUUCUUCGUCCGGAGGUUUAGAAGCAUCUUAUGGCUGACCUCAAAGAACGGUUAUUACCUCCCAAACCUGCAUCCGCAAUAAAUCUUAGAGACUCAUCUUACAGGCCAUCUGCAUCUGGCCGUCAACCCUUUCAAGCUGUUGAUGUUUUGGGGCUCAAGAAACGUGGUCAAGGCCUUCGUUCAUGGAUCCGUGUCGAUACAUCUGGUAAUUCACAAGUUAUUGAGGUGGACAAGUUCAGCAUGAUGCGUCGCUGUGAUCUUCCUGCCCGUGAUUUGCGCCUGUUAGAUCCAUUGUUUGUUUACCCAUCUACCAUUCUUGGAAGAGAGAAGGCCAUAGUUGUAAAUCUUGAGCAAAUUCGAUGUAUUAUAACUGCAGACGAGGUUUUGAUUUUGAAUUCUCUCGAUAACUAUGUGCUACAGUACGUAGUUGAGCUUCAAAGGCGACUGCAGGCUGCAGGGGUCGGUGAUGUUUGGCAGCCAGAAGGCGGUGAUGUGAACAGGAGGGGAAACCGGAAUUUAGAAAAUAUGUUUGGGAACACAUCCCCGGAUUAUUUGCCUUUUGAGUUUCGGGCUCUUGAAGUUGCCCUCGAGGCUGCUUGUACUUUUUUGGACUCUCAGGCAUCAGAACUGGAGAUUGAAGCAUACCCUCUGUUGGAUGAGCUAACAUCGAAGAUAAGUACCUUGAACUUGGAACGCGUUCGUCGAUUGAAAAGUCGGCUUGUUGCUUUGACACGGAGAGUUCAGAAGGUUAGAGAUGAGAUUGAGCAGCUCAUGGAUGAUGAUGGAGACAUGGCUGAAAUGUACCUUACAGAGAAGAAAAGACGAAUGGAAGCCUCAUUCUAUGGUGAUCAAUCUCUGAUAGGGUACAGGUCAAUUGAUGGUGCACAAUCUAUAUCUGCUCCGGUUUCCCCUGUUGCUUCCCCCCCUGAUUCCAGAAAGCUGGAAAAGAGUUUAAGCAUUGCUAGAAGCAGACACGAGAGUGUCAGAAGUUCAGAAAGUCAAACGGAGAGUAUAGAAGAGCUGGAGAUGUUAUUGGAGGCUUAUUUUGUUGUUAUUGACUACACCUUAAACAAGUUGACAUCGGUAUAUUCUUGGUCACAAAGAUUUAGCUUCUUUAUAUCUUGAUUCAAUACAAUACAGUUUAUUUAACCCUCUUUAUUUCUAUGUCCUCAGCUCAAGGAGUAUAUUGAUGAUACCGAAGACUUUAUUAACAUCCAGCUGGUACGAUACUGAUAACCUUUUUUUCCCUCUCAUUGGUGGAAUGUGAACAAAUAAGCUCUUCAUAACUCUUAAUAUGCAUUUGGUUUCUAUGUGAUAUUGGAGUUCUGGAUCCUGAAAGGAACACAUUAGAUAUUUUAGUAAUUAUAAGGAAAUACUCUGGAAAAACCCAUAAAAGAAAUGUUUUCUGUCUUAAAAUCUUAAGAGUCAGAUUAUAGUACUACUUGGCUGAGUUACUUCCUCAAUGUUAUGAAGUAUUAAUUGGUUAGCUGUUUUUUGGUCUUUUGAUUUGUUGUUUUCCUCAUUUUUCAUAAAAUAAUUAAGCAUAAUAUCAUAUUUUUGGUGAGCUAUUUCUUGAACUGAUGAGGACAUACAGGUUAAAACUAGGAUGCCACCGACUUUUUAUUGCUUUCUUCCAUUUGUUCCAGUCAGGUUUAAAAGUCCUCAGGCAUCAUCCAUAGCUUUUUGUUGUGAGGGAUUGUAUAAUGAAAUGUAGAAGGAUAGAAGAAUGUAGGUUUUAACUGUAGCACAGCUGUUAGAUUUUCUUUGAUUGUGCUUUGUAAACAUGAAUGCAUGUCCUAACCCUUGGGGUCUCUCUCUGCAGGACAAUGUACGGAACCAGCUUAUACAGUUUGAGUUGUUACUUACAACUGCAACGUUUGUUGUUGCCAUCUUUGGGGUUGUAGCUGGUGUAUUUGGUAUGAACUUUGUAAUACCAUUGUUUGAUGAUCCAGAUGCUUUUAAGUGGGUCCUUAUAAUCACAGGAGUAUGUGGAAUUAUUUUGUUCUGUUCAUUUUUGUGGUUUUUCAAGUACAAGAGGCUAAUGCCGCUGUAAUUCGUGUAAGCAAACAUAGCGGGCAAUGGCGCAUAGCCAGCAUUGAUAUCAAAUUUUAUUACUUACUAAUUCUUGUCUCCAAAAGAGAUAUAGAGCUAAGGGAACUGCUUGCUACAUUUCAAUCUUGAUAGUGAGGGCACCAAUCUUGCUGCCACCUUUGUAUAUGCUGUCGAAACUUGUUCACCAGACUACCAGUUUUUUGCUGGGGAAGUAAGACUUCUCUUUUGUGAUCAUAGGACAGAGCUAGAGACCAGAAAUAUGCUUGAGCAAACCAUGUGUUAACUUGUCGUUCACAUGUAGUUCCACUUCCUAUUACUUUGACUUAAUAUUUAUUCAGAUCCGUUCAAAAGUUUUUGCCUUAUUU